CCCCAGCGGACAGAGAGCAGGAAGCGCGCAGUGGCUCGGCCGACGCCGCGUUCCACCAGCAGCCAGAAUAGUGGGUUCUAGCUAAGUACAAGCAGACCUGGCCUGCUGGCUGCUCUGUGGCCAAUGAACUCCAUGAACCCCAUGAAACCUGCCCUGCCUCCUGCUCCACACGGUGAUGGUUCAUUUGCGUAUGAGUCUGUGCCUUGGCAACAAAGCGCCACUCAGCCAGCCGGGUCACUGUCCGUGGUCACUACCGUGUGGGGAGUUGGCAACGCGACCCAGAGCCAGGUUUUGGGGAACCCAAUGGGCCCUGCAGGAAGCCCCCCUGGUGGCUCUAUGAUGCCUGGUGUGGCAGGUGGCAGCUCUGCCUUGGCCUCCCCACAGUGCCUGGGACAGCAGGCAUUUGCCGAAAGCGGUGCUAGCAAGGGCUACGUGCAGCAAGGCGUGUAUGGGCGCGGGGGCUACCCUGGGGGCCCCAGCUUCACCACCGGGUAUGCAGGUGGCCCUGGGGGCCUGGCCCUCCCCUCACAUGCUGCAAGGCCCUCUGCUGACUUCACACAAGCAGCAGCUGCAGCUGCCAUGGCUGCAGCUGCAGCCACAGCUACCGCCACCGCCACUGCCACCGUGGCUGCCCUGCAGGAGAAGCAGAGUCAAGAGCUGAGCCAGUAUGGAGCGAUGGGAACUGGACAGACUUUUAACAGCCAGUUUCUGCAACAUGGAGGUCCCCGAGGGCCCAAUGUCCCCCCUGGCAUGAACCCUACUGCCAUGGGAGGUAUGAUGGGCCCUUCCGGCCUCUCCUCCAUGGCCAUGAGCCCCACCCGAGCAGCAGGCAUGACGCCUUUGUAUGCAGGGCAGCGCCUACCCCAGCAUGGGUACCCUGGACCUCCUCAGGCCCAGCCACUGCCCCGACAGGGGGUCAAGAGAGCCUACUCAGAGGUGUAUCCAGGGCAGCAAUACCUACAAGGAAGCCAGUACACACCCAGCACUGCCCAGUAUGCACCUGGCCCCGGGCAGCCUCCGGCCCCCUCUCCCUCUUACCCUGGCCACAGAAUGCCCCUGCAGCAGAGCCUGGGCCCAACCUUGUCUGCACCUGGCCCUACUGGACUGCACUACAAGACCACAGAACAAUUCAACGGGCAGGGCACCGGCUUCAAUGGGGGCAGCGUCAGCUACAGCCAGCCUGGCCUGAGUGGGCCUGCCCGUUCCAUCCCUGGCUACCCUACCUCCCCACUGCCGGGGAACCCCACACCACCCAUGACGCCCAGCAGCAGUGUCCCCUACAUGUCCCCAAGCCAGGAGGUCAAGUCUCCCUUUCUACCUGACCUCAAGCCAGGCCUCAGCUCCUUGCACCCGUCACCCUCUGGCAGUGGCCCUUGUGAUGAGCUGCGACUGACAUUCCCAGUGCGGGAUGGGGUGGUCCUGGAGCCCUUCCGCCUGCAGCACAACCUGGCUGUGAGCAACCACGUCUUCCAGCUCCGAGACUCAGUGUACAAGACCCUGAUGCUGAGGCCAGACCUAGAGCUGCAGUUCAAGUGCUACCACCAUGAAGACCGGCAGAUGAAUACCAACUGGCCCGCCUCGGUGCAGGUCAGCGUCAAUGCCACGCCCCUCACCAUUGAACGAGGAGACAACAAGACCUCGCACAAGCCCCUCUACUUGAAGCAUGUGUGCCAGCCCGGCCGCAACACCAUCCAGAUCACGGUUACCGCCUGCUGCUGUUCCCACCUCUUCGUGCUGCAGUUGGUCCACCGUCCAUCUGUCCGCUCUGUGCUACAGGGCCUCCUAAAGAAGCGCCUCCUGCCGGCUGAGCACUGCAUUACCAAGGUAAAGCGGAACUUCAGUAGCGGCACCAUCCCUGGCACCCCUGGGCCAAAUGGAGAGGAUGGAGUGGAGCAGACAGCUAUCAAGGUGUCCCUGAAGUGCCCCAUCACCUUCCGCAGGAUCCAGCUCCCUGCCCGAGGCCAUGAUUGCCGCCACAUACAGUGCUUCGACCUGGAGUCCUACCUACAGCUCAACUGUGAGCGGGGGACCUGGAGAUGCCCAGUGUGCAACAAGACGGCCUUGCUGGAAGGGCUGGAGGUGGACCAGUACAUGCUGGGCAUUCUGAUUUACAUUCAAAACUCAGAGUACGAGGAGAUCACCAUUGACCCGACCUGCAGCUGGAAGCCUGUGCCUGUGAAGCCAGACGUACACAUCAAGGAGGAACCUGAUGGGCCGGUGCUAAAACGCUGCCGCACCGUGAGCCCGGCCCAUGUGCUCAUGCCCAGUGUGAUGGAGAUGAUCGCAGCCCUGGGCCCUGGCGCUGCCCCCUUUGCCCCCCUUCAGCCCCCUACAGCCACCGCCCCCAACGACUACCCCAGCCAGGGUUCCAACUUCCUCGGGCCCGGAGCCUUCCCAGAGUCUUUCCCGCCCACCACGCCCAACACCCCAAGUCUUGCGGAGUUUGCCCAGGGGCCGCCCCCAAUCUCCUACCAGUCUGACAUUCCCAGUGGCCUCCCAACUCCAGAGAAGUCUGCUCCCUGCCUCCCAGGCCAGAUUGCACCAGCGGGCCACCUGGACCCAGCACACAAUCCUGGGCCACCAGGGCUACACACCUCCAACCUUGGGGCUCCAUCAGGUCCUCAGCUACACCAUCCAAACCCUCCCCCUGCAUCCCGACAGCCCUUGGGCCAAGCAAGCACUGGGCCUGUUAGUGAGCUGCCCUUCAACCCAGUCACGGGCGUGAUGGGUGCUCCCGGCAUAUCUGGCCCAGGGGAGGCCUCAGAACCAGCUCUGGACCUGCUCCCAGAACUGACCAACCCAGACGAGCUGCUGUCCUACCUGGGCCCACCUGACCUCCCCACGAACAGCAACGAUGACCUGCUCUCUCUCUUUGAGAACAACUGAUGCUGUGUUCACCCCCAGACCAGCGGGGGACAUGCUCAAAGAUGUCACCACAGCUUGUCAUCUUUGCCCAGCCCCACAAGACAACCUGGCCAUCCUCCCCAACCAUCCCCACCCUGCACAUACCCAGAGCCCGAGUCCUUGCCGAACUGGGAGCAGCCCCAUGCUCUGUUCAAGGUGACCCCGGCCAGUGGCCUCACCACCCUCCCUCCCUCCAGCUCACAGCUACAGUUUUUGCCGAGGUGCCCUGCCAGCCAGCCCCUGCCCAGCCGUGUGCAUACACCCCAUGCCCCAGAUCUCAUGGCCCUGCACCCGGUCCUCCCCUGUGCCUGCUCCCACCCUCCUGCAUCUUGUCCAGCUGUGUCCAAUCCUUGGGAGAAGAAUGAGGAACUGCAAAGGGCAGGAGCCGGGAGCUCUCACCCAGGCCAGCCCAGCUGUGGGGUGGGGAUUCCUUCCCCUACCCCCAGCUUCAGGCCAAGGCUGGGGGUGGGGGAGCUACAAAGCACAACAGUGCAGUACUCUGCUGAGCCGAGAAGGGGCAGGCAGCACUGUGGGACAUGCUCCCCUCCAUUGCACAGCCGGUGUCCGCUGCUGCCCUGCCCAGCACCCCUUCCCACAGGCAGACUGCACCAGCAGAGGUUCUGGAAGGGAGGGACAGUGAGCUUCACUCUGAACUGGCUCUAUUCUGUGCGGAUUCCCCUGUGAGCUGCUCUCCCACUUCCCCUCUUCUGUGAAAGAAUUAGUACAGCUGUGUUUUUUUAAACCACCUCUGGCUCCGCCCUGCCUGCCCAUGCCCAGUAGGAGAGGAAUCGAGCAGGGUGCCAGCCCCUCUGUCUCCUGUCUGUGUGAUCUCUAUUAAAGGACUCCCUAUUGGGC